AUGAAAAAGGUACCAUCUCCGUUGUGUACCGAAUGCGGCAUCAUUGAAGAUGCAGUUCACAUUAUGGUGGAAUGUGUCCGAAAUGAAGAUAUUAGAAAUGAUAUGCUGCAAACUUGUCGCUAUGAAGGAAAACAACCGUUUCUGUGCUGUAAGAAUCAACCCCAGGUACCCGAGCCUCCUGAGCCGGAAGGUUGCAAGAGUCAAGCUCCUCCACUGCCAGCACCAUCACUAAACAUCACCCCGAUCGAGCAAUUUCUUUGGAAUAAAUGCCUAAGCUACCAGAGAUAUGUCUAUAAAUGCGUCAACGAUGAGAACAACCCCGAAAUAUUUACAAGACAAAACACUUGUGGUAUACCCAAAACCAACUACAAAUUAAGAAUGAUCGGUGCAGACCCAGCUUUUCUCAGACAAUUCCCGCACAUGGCUGUUGUUGGUUGUCAAGAUCCAAAAAAGGAUGCGGAUAUUAUAUGGGUAGGGGGAGGAUCUCUGAUCAGCGAGAACUUCAUACUGACAGCUGCUCAUGUUGUAUGGUCUCCUAAUUAUGGUCGAAUCUACUACGCGCUACUGGGAACCCUGAAUAAGAAAAGUCAUGAUAGUCUUUUGGUGAACGUGAUAAAUACGAUACCACACAAGCUGUAUCAAAUGAAUAGUGAAACAAAAAUGUACGAUAUAGCGCUACUAAGGUUACAUGAAAGGGUCAAAUUUAACGAGUUUAUAAGACCAAUAUGCCUGCCUGUUUCCGAUCGAAAAAUAACUGACCAUAGGAUCGUGGCUGGAUGGGGGCAGAUAAACUCCCGCGGGGAUACAUCGGAUGAGUUGCGCUACGUGAAUAUAAGAGAGCAGAAUUAUACGAGUUCGUGCCUGCGUCUUUUCGGAGAUAUUUUCGACCCGAAGACUAUGAUAUGCGCUCACGGAGCAGAAAAUACAGUAAUGGAUAGUUGCAAGGGCGACAGCGGAGGGCCAUUAAUGGCCCUCAUGACGAACAUUAUUUGUUCUUACUCAAUUGAGGGCAUCGUCUCCUUCGGAACAAAUACGUGCGGCGGGAACGUAGGCGUCUACACGCGAGUGACGGCCUAUUUAGAUUGGAUUGUGGAACGUGUGUGGCCUGAUGAGUGGAUGAAAUUUAAUACAAAGACAUAAUAUUUU